UGCUCUCGCGAGAGCGCGCGGGAGCUGCUCUCGCGAGAGCGCGCGGGAGCUGCUCUCGCGAGAUCGGCCACGCCAACGGUCGCCGAGAUGGCGAUGGCGGAGCGAAGGAAGCAGCGCAAGCAGCAGGCGAGCGGCGAGGACAACAAGGAGGAGACCGCUGUUGCCAAGUACCUCCGCUUCAACUGCCCCACCAAGUCCACCAACAUGAUGGGCCACUCAGUGGACUACUUUGUGGCUUCCAAGGCAGUGGAAACGCUCCUGGAGUCGAACUGGGCCACAGGGAAGAAGGGGACAGAGAUCCUGUUCACCACACGAGAGUCCGUGGUCGCCUAUUGCAACCGGCUGCUGCAGAAGCAGUACUUCCACCGUGCGCUCAAGGUGAUCAAGAAGCGGCCGGACAGGGAGGGCAAGCGCGAGAAGCUGGAGCCGCCCAAGGAGGAGGAGAAGAAGGGCAAGAGGGAGAAGGAGAGGAAGAAGGACGGCGACAAGAAAGACAAAGAGGGAGACGCCAAGAGGGACGCUCGCAAGGAGGACGAGCCGGGCAGCCCAAAGAAGAAGAAAGAUGCAAAGAGGAGGAUGAAACUUGAGCCCCACGACAAGCAAAUCUUCGUCGACGGCAACGAGGUUUUCGUGUGGAUCUACGACCCCGUUCACCCCAAGACGUUCAUCAUGGGGCUCAUCUUGGUGAUUGCGGUGAUUGCGGCGACGCUGUUCCCGCUGUGGCCGGCCGAGAUGCGUGUGGGCGUUUACUACCUGAGCGUGGCAGCCGGCUGCUUCAUCGGAGGCAUCCUCUUCCUGGCCGUCGCGCGCUGCAUCCUCUUCAUGCUCAUCUGGCUGCUGACGGGCGGCCGCCACCACUUCUGGCUGCUGCCCAACCUCACCGCCGACGUGGGCUUCCUCGACUCGUUCCGUCCGCUCUACACGCACGAGCGACAAACCGGGACCGCCGGAGCCGCCGGAGCCGCCGCUGCCGUCGCCGCGUCGUCUUCGAUGUUGCCGGAAUCGGCGGCGGCGGCGGCCAAAUCCGACGCCGGAAAACGCGGCUCGACGAGCGGAACGACGGGGGAGGCCUGCGCCGAGGCCGUCGUGCCCAAGACCCUGGGGCCGUCCAACGGCACGGACAGCGACGACGACGACGGCGACGGAGGCGGGCCGGUCAAGGCCGACAAUGACGACGACUACGAGGAGGAGGAAGAGGAGGAGGAUGACGAGGCGGGCGGGAAGAGAGGGACGGACGAAGGCAGCGACCAGAGCAACGGCAAUGACUUUGAGGUGAUCUCGCAGGAGGAGAUCGACGGGGGCUCUCACGGCGAUGGCGGCGACGGCGGCGCUGACGACGGCGGCGAUGGCGGCGGGAGAAAGCGGAAGGAGGAGGCGGCCGACGAGGCAGGGGCCAGCGCGUCGUCGCAUCCCUAAGAUGGAACAGCCGCCGCCGCCUCCGAACUUUCUCUCCGUUGACUGCGGCCGCGUCGUCGCUCCCACACCCGCACCUCCUCGCCGUCUCUCCUCCUCCUCGUUUCUCCUCAUCCAAUCUUGAGUUCCGCCAAACGGUCAUCGCUCCUCGGGUGCGCACGAUUUCCGAGUCGCGAUCAUUCCACCGCCACGCCCCCCCCGCCACCGGGGUGGUGGGGGUUGUUGUGCCCGUGGUCGCGCUGUUCACGCGACGUCCCCCCGACGUUUUGCUUCUCGUGCCGGGCGGGGGCGGGGGGUGGCGGUGAUCCGAUUCCCGCCGCUGAAGAAGCGGCACGUGGAGCGAAACGUCGGACGUCGUGACUCGCAGCGGAGAGCGGCUGCCACCUCCCCCUCUUCCCUCCCACGUCCUCCCCCCACCUCGGCCCCUCCACUGUCUCGUCCCUCACCUGUCUGUCUCGCGCCCCUCCCAUUUAAUUUCCUCUCUCUUCCUGACCCCGCUGCUCUUCUUCUGUGGAGGUGGGUAGCGUGUGUGUGUUUGCGCGUGUGUGCGCGCGCGCGUGUGCGACGCGUCUGAUCCAGUGUUAAUUGCCACGCCGCUUUGCGUUGCGUUAGAUUGCUUGGGGGGCGGUAGCGUUAGUGCGGUCGCACCGUAGCCAGUGCUUGAACUCCUCAGUGUUUUGCGGGUCGCCGGUAGACUGGAGUACGUGGCACGUGCCUCACGAGUGCCCAGAGCGACAGAGAUGCAACACUGUGGAAGUGCUGUCCCGGUUGCGGAUAUACAGGGUCAAUCCAGUUAGAGAUAGGCCGCCGAUUUCCACUCUCUCUCUAUGCCUCUCCUCAACACAGGUGAAUGUUGUGGAGGCAAUGAUGUCUCAAUUAUCUCGCAGAGGGGUCGAGCGUUGGUACGCGAGUUUAUUGAGUAUUGGUGGCGGACAGGUAACAAAGAGGCUCCAAAAUAAAGUGUCGUUUACAUCGUCGCCCCCUGCCAAACAGGACACUGUGUUGCCCACUUGCAGGCCUCGACUUGUGCUGCACAGGGACAGCUGCCACUGGGGGUGGGGGUCCCCUAGGCCAGAAAAGAGAGAAAAUAAACGACAAUGUUGAUGCAAGAUGUGCUCUGAGAUGCCGGGUCAAUUUUUAGCAACCGGUGGAAUGGAAAUCCAACAUUGUCUCGCCAUCAAGCCGUGGAUGAAGGUCGUGCCAAGCCACUGCCUGCCAUCCCCCUCUCCUCUCCCCCCUCUCACCAUCUUGCGAUGCGGCAAUCCAUCCCAGCCACCUGCACAAUCCAUUUGUUUGCAGAUUCCUCGAGGUUAGCAGCAGCUGUCUGUAAACGGAUCGCCCGUUGUGCGUGUUUCACUGAUCGCGUACCAGAAAAAUAAGCAAAAACUGUCCCCCUGUCUGUAAUUGACCUCCGGUGGUCGUAAGAGGAAGGUGAAGUCUCGGUCAUUUCAUAGACGAUGUUAGCGCACAAAGAGGAGCGAUGAGGACGUGAGGAGGAGGGGACGGUGAGCAGUGAAGCCAACACGCGGCAGGCUCCGGGCUCCUCCCACCAGGUCGCCCUCGACCUGGUGGCUGGAGGCAGUCUCGCAAGCUCAGCAGGCCCGAGCCUGGUUAAGCACGUGCACGGGAACGCCCCAUCUUGAGCCACAAGGGUGGCCGCAAAGGGAAAUGGCGCUCGUGAGUGUUAAUCCCUCGCGCGUGUGGGGUUUUCUCCCGGGUGCUCCCCCCCAGAGUCUCGAGACUCGGGGGUUGAGGUUCUGCAGAGGCACAGCCCUGCAGUCUGCUGGCUCCCGCCCCGCUGGUGUUGGAAUGGCCUCCCUCGAACGGGAGAGAGCCCGAGAGAGGAGGGGGUGCAGUAUUUGUUCUAUACACCUCCGCUGCUGAGCAGUCGUGUUUGUUGGAAGAGGCGGGCGUACGCGGACCGCCCAUUAGCCGCGGUGAGAUGGUGAAGCCAUUUAAACUGCCGCGCCGGGAGAUGCGCCCCAACUGGCACCCCCACCCCCUCCUCUGGGUUGCAAGUCCGGUGCGCUGGACAUUGCAGCAAGCGGGCACGCUUGCUCUUGCCAUGGCUUUAGCUCUUAAGAGUUGGUCGAGUCACGGGGAGUGUCUCCACAUUGGAGGAGCAGGAGUGUGGGACGGGGAAUCGAACCGAGCCGAGCGAUCCUCGAGGGCCGUUCCGUGUUCACCGUCUCGCUUUGCUAGCGCGCCCAUCUCCGCCCGUUUUGGAAGUGUGCAACGCUAAAGUAACUGUCACAUAAAUACGAUAAAAAAAAACAUUUAAAUGUCCGUGUCUGUUCUAUGGUAACAUUAUUAACUGUGCAAGUAUCAAGGUGGAAUUAAAAACACUUCUUAAUCGCUCGCAUGCCCC